CGUAUGUUUGAGGGACAGGCUCGUCAGGAGAGGUUUGAUACUUUCAAAUCUUUGAAUGCUUGUAAGCAGGGUGAACGUGAUCCGGUAGGACCGCAUGUUCUGAAGAUGAUAGGGUAUAUUGAUUAUCUUGAAAAAUUGGGUGCCCCGAUUGGUCCGGAGCACCAAAUUGAUCUGAUCUUGCAAUCUCUAAACAAUAACUAUUCUCAGUUUGUAAUGAAUUACAAUAUGAAUGAGAUAAACAAGAACCCCGCCGAAUUGUUGGCAAUGUUGAAAACUGCUGAAACCAACAUUCAGAAGGUGUCCCCUACUCCCAUAUUGAUGGUGAAUAAGGGGAAGGCCAAAGGAAAGGGUAAAUGGAAAGGCAAGAAGAAGAUGGGAUCUAAUUCUAAUGCCAAUCCGAAACCUGGUCCGACUAAGGCCUUGAAACCGAAAGGUGGUGUUCAGAAGGAUGGUGAUUGUCACUAUUGCAAGAAACCAGGUCAUUGGAAGAGGAACUGUCAUGCUUAUUUGGAGGAUCUGAAGAAGAAGAAGGCUGCUGCCGCUUCUGAUUCAGGAACUACAGGGAAGUAGGCCAUUGGCAAAGGGAGAAGUCGACCUACGAGUUGGCAAUGGAGCAAAAGUUGCUGCUAUAGCUGUAGGGACUUAUCAUUUAUCGUUGCCCACUGGGCUUAUUUUAGAACUUGAGAAUUGUUUUUACGUGCCUGCAAUUUGCAGAAACAUUAUUUCAGUUUCUUGUUUGGACAAGAUAGGUUUUGCUUUUUCAAUUCAGAACAAUAGUUGUUCCUUUUCUUUGAAUAAUGUUACCUAUGGGGUUGCACGUUUAUUUAACGGUUUAUAUGUUCUUGACUUGGAUACUCCCAUCUAUAAUGUGAAUAAUAAACGACUUAAAACUGAUGACUCAAAUAAAACAUACCUCUGGCACUGUCGUUUAGGCCAUAUAAAUGAGAAGCGCAUUUCCAAGUUACAUAAGGAUGGAUACUUGGAUAAGUUUGAUUUUGAAUCAUACGAAGCAUGCGAACCAUGUCUCAUUGGAAAAAUGACUAAAGCACCUUUCACAGGACAAGGUGAGAGGGCCACUGAGAGAUUGGAACUAAUACAUAGUGAUGUAUGUGGUCCAAUGCGAACUAUGGCAAGAGGUGGCUUUUACUACUUCAUAACAUUUACUGAUGAUUUCAGUAGAUAUGGAUAUGUGUAUCUUAUGAAGAAUAAAUCCGAUUCUUUUGAAAAGUUCAAAGAGUACAAAGCUGA